UUGAGGGACCUAGAUAUGCUAAUUUUACCUAAAUUCUCUAAAUUAGAAGAUUCUUCAAGACUGUCCGUUUCAGGCUUUCUGCUUUCAAGGGUUUUAGAGUUUUCUGCGUCACUAAACAGAACUUCGCCGGCUCUCGUAUCCGGUCAAUUCCUCCUGCUCAAAUUUGUGCAGGCAUUAAUGGGAGUCAUUGGUAUCUGUAAUCCUUCUUCUUCGUUUUUGAUCAAAUCUAAUAACAAUCUUCACCAAUCUUUGGUAUCAUUUGAAGGAAGAACGGUCAUUUCCAUGGCCUCUACCGUGCCUGUAGAACAUGUUAAUCAUGAUGAGCCCAAGUUAAAAGGAGACUCAUUUAUUCGAUCCCAUUUGAGAAAAUUGUCUCCUUAUCAGCCAAUUUUGCCUUUUGAGGUUCUGUCGGCACAACUUGGAAGGAAGCCUGAAGAUAUUGUCAAAAUAGAUGCUAAUGAAAACCCAUAUGGUCCACCUCCAGAGGUAAGUGAAGCUCUGGGGAAAUUGAAGUUUCCCUACAUAUAUCCUGAUCCUGAAACCCGUCAGUUACGUGCUGCGCUUGCCAAAGAUUCAGGCCUUGAAGCUGAUUAUAUUCUUGUGGGAUGUGGUGCUGAUGAGCUCAUUGAUCUUAUUAUGCGAUGUGUGCUUGAUCCUGGUGAUAAGAUUGUGGACUGCCCUCCAACUUUUUCGAUGUAUGAGUUUGAUGCUGCAGUUAAUGGUGCUCUUGUCAUUAAAGUUCCAAGGAACCCCGACUUUAGCUUGAAUGUGGGUGCUAUUAUUGAUGCUGUAGAGCAAGAGAAACCCAAAUGCAUAUUUUUGACAUGUCCAAACAACCCAGAUGGGAGCAUAAUCAAUGAUGAAGAACUCUUGAAAAUCCUUGCCUUGCCCAUAUUGGUUGUCCUGGAUGAAGCAUACAUUGAGUUUUCUGGAGUUGAAAGUAGGAUGAAAUGGGUUAAGAAGCAUGAGAACCUAAUUGUUCUUCGGACUUUCAGCAAGAGAGCUGGUCUAGCCGGACUACGUGUGGGAUAUGGAGCAUUUCCUUUGAGCAUUAUUGAGUUUCUUUGGAGAGCAAAACAACCAUAUAAUGUCUCUGUUGCUGCUGAAGUUGCUGCAUGUGCCGCAUUGAGAAAUCCCACUUAUCUAGAGAAGGUGAAAGAUGCUCUGUUACAAGAACGGAAUAGGCUCUAUAAGCUUCUAGAGGAAGUGCCAUUUCUCAGCCCGUACCCAAGCCAUUCUAAUUUCAUUCUUUGUAAAGUUGAAUCUGGGAUGGAUGCUAAGAAGCUUAAGGAAGACCUUGCGAAAAUGGGCGUGAUAGUCCGUCAUUACAAUAGCAAGGAGCUGAAGGGUUACAUUCGGGUAUCCGUUGGGAAACCUGAACACACAGAAGCAUUGAUGAAGUGUCUCAAAUGUAUUGCUUGAUUGUGGGAUCUUUUCUGGAACAGACAUAAAAAUUGCUAUUGAAAUUUGAACUCAAUGCACAACUUGCAAAGUGUUUUAUCAUUUUGUAUCUGUUGAUCAGACAUUUUUAUGUGCUGAUAGUUAAUUAAUUGGAAUUGAUGUGCCGUUGAUAAUCA